AUCAUCGCGGGCUCGCUCGCGUUGCGCGCGGCGCGGAAAAUCAAACGUGGGCGCCGAUUGCCCUACGUAUGUCCUCCCAGGUUCCGAGGCAAAUUUAAGCUAAGCACCUACCAGGCCUUCCUCGUCGCAAUCUAUUUCAUCCUCGCCGGCGCCAGUGCAUAAAUCAAAUUGUCGCGGCGCGUGACGACGUCUGCUCGAUGGCGCACCCUCUUGAUGCUCGUCGGUUUUUGCACAGGCCGGCGCGAUCACCAUUUCCGUCGAAAUGAAAGACUGGCCAUUCGUCGAGCGCUGGGUGCCGUUCCUCUACACGUUUUGGGGCCGCGGCGGCUGGUACCUUUUUUGGGCAUUGCUCGUCGCAGCGACGCGCUCCGUGGGCACGGGCUGGUUCUACCAAGUGGCGGGCGCGUGCAUCUUUUUGCUGGCGCUGUUCAUCCUCCUCGUCGUGCCCUGCGUCAUCCCGGACUACUACCGCCUCGGCCUCACGUUCCUCUGCGACAGCCGCUCGGAACGCGAGGGCUUCCUCACGGGACCGGCGCGCGACACGGAGCUCACGGACUGCCGCGACCGCGCCGAGCCGUGUGGGAAUCAACCACCCGUGGGUAGGCGUCGCGUCGAUGGCGUGGAGGUCGACGCGAAGAUUCAGCACAAAGGAAAUUCCGCACAGGCGCCGAGAAGGCCGAGGGCGCCCUCGACGCCGCGGAGGCGCGCGCGACCAAAGCCGAGGCCAAGCUAAAGAAGCUCGAGGCGGAGAUGCCGUCCUGACCGUGCGGAAAUCGACAUUCCACGGCCGCGCCGUCGCCGAGAAAUGAGUGCACCGGAUUUUCUACACAGGUACCUCAAGGGCGCGCUCGAAUCGAAAGAGCGCCGCGCGUCCGCCGCGGAGAAGGCGCUCGACGCGGCCGACAACGCCUAGGAAGGGAGGCGCGACGCCGUCGCGGCGAAGUGCGGCAAGUAGCAGGUCCCAAGGACUAAGUUAAUAAA